GAAUAAAAAUUAAAUCGUUUGUAAUGACAGUAGCUGAUACAUUGGCCAAAUUUAUCGUACGAAGUUUAAUGAUUCAAUACUCUAUUAUAUUGAUAUUUCUUCAAAAAAAAUAUCACAGCUUGAAUGAAUCACUUUUACUACUUACCGAUCAAAGUGAUAAACUUUACUAUCCAUUCGUUUCUGUACUGAAUCCAUCCAAAGAAGUUACCACGGAAUAUUUGAUCAUUAUACGUCAGAAAUAUUUUUAUUUGAAUGAAAUUACUAGUAGCGUUACUCAAUUUUAUUCCAUGCCUCUAAUUUUUUCGAUGGGCUAUUAUUAUCUUGGGGUUGUAUAUUCUGGAUAUUUGUUUAUGUCAGAGAUAAAUGAUUUGAUAAAUGGAAACCCGAAUUUCGCAAGUUGCGCCAUUUUUGGUUUUUGGGCUCUACUGUGCACUUAUCCAGCUAUUGCUCUAACCAAUUCUGUAACAUCAGUUAUUUCGGAGAUCAAUCGAACGGGUAGUAUUAUUUACAAAUUAGAAGCCGUAUACUCUACUCAUACAGGAAUAAAAUAUGAGCUUGAACAAUUUUCUAUGGAACUUCUGCACAAGAACAUAUCUUUCACAGCUCAUGAAAUGAUACCUCUUGAUAACACUUUAUUAACAUCAGUUUUUGGCUCUGUUGUAACUUAUAUUAUCAUUCUUCUACAAUCCAGUUAUAAUACAAGAAAAUCAUAUUAAUAGAUUGUAACAAAGUGGAUGUUGUUUUUGUCCUUGGCGUUCGGAACGUGGUUUUGAAUUAUUAAAAGUAUUAAUAAUUAUUCAGGGCUGUCGAUUCAACUCAUAUAAAUUGAAGGAGGGAAAAAUUCGGGUUCCAGCUUUGAGCGUGACGGCUGUAUAACUGGCACUUUUGAACAAUUGUUAUAACUUAUGAUCAACGAUUAAUUUAUUUCGUCGAAUAUUUGUGAUGGUGAACAAUUGAUACGCUAUUGGUGUAUAGAACAAUCGGCAAGCUAAAUUGCCGGCGACAGUGUGAUCAACGUGAGAUAGUUUAUUUGUCAUGAAUUAUUGAGUUUUUGUCUUGA